GACUCUCAACCACCAAACUGCAUCAUCGUUGUUUCCUUCCUACUGCCUUCAUUUCUGCUCAUGCAUUCAUCCCCUCCAACCUUUGCCUCAUGUCGCCUCUCUCCUUCCUCCUCGUCUUCCUCCUGAUCAGCCUCCCUCCUUCCCUCCAAGCUUCUCUUUCCCCUCCCAGAGGUUUCAGCAUAAACUGCGGUUCCAAGAACGUGGAGAACAUUGGAGGCAUCGAGUGGAUCACCGAUGAUAGCUUCGUCAAAGUUGGGAAUGCAACCGAUCUAAACAUUCCAGGCAUUGUUCCAGUACUUUCAUCCCUACGCUACUUUCCUGACAAAUCCGCUCGGAAGUACUGUUACGUGAUCCCAGCAGCCAAAGGCGCAAAGUAUUUGAUCCGAACGACCUACUACUACGGGGGCUUCGACGGAGGCAACGAGCCACCGGUGUUCGAUCAGAUAGUGGGAGGCACUAAAUGGAGCACCGUCGACACGUCGGAGAACUACGCGAAGGGCCUCGCGUCUUACUACGAGAUCAUCAUGGCUUCACCGGGGAAGACGCUGAGCGUGUGCUUGGCGAGGAACGAGCACACCAUGUCGAGCCCUUUCAUAUCUGCUCUCGAGGUGCAGCACUUAGAAGGCUCCAUGUACAACUCCACCGAUUUCGCCAUGUACGCACUUAGCACAGUCGCUCGCCAUCGGUUCGGUCACGGCGGCCAAAUCACAAGCUAUCCGGAUGAUCCAUUCAACCGGUAUUGGGAGCCAUUCGUGGAUGCCAACCCCGUGGUGGAUAGCCAGACGAACGUGACCUCGUUCGAGUUCUGGAAUCUACCGCCGGCAAUGGCGUUCCUAAAAGCACUGACGACAAGCCGGGGCAAGAAUCUUACGAUCCAGUGGCCUGCAGUGGCGCUACCUAACGCAAGCUACUAUCUGGCGUUGUACUUCCAGGACAACCGGAGCCCGAGCCCUUUCAGCUGGAGAGUAUUCGAUGUUUUGGUGAACGGGAAGACUUUCUACUCCGGCCUCAACGUUUCCACCGGCGGUGUCGUGGUCGUCGGGGACAACUGGCCGCUUUCGGGGCUGACAGAGAUCAAGCUGACCCCUGCCGUGGGUUCCCCUGUUGGGCCAGUGAUCAACGCAGGGGAACUCUCCAUGGUAGUCCCCCUGGGUGGAAGAACGCUCACCAGAGAUGUGAUUGCAAUGGAGGCGUUGGCGAGAAGCUUUGACAACCCUCCAGCAGACUGGAGUGGAGAUCCUUGUUUACCUCGACAGAGUGAGUGGACUGGCUUGACGUGCUCCGGAGGGAAAAUUAUGCGAGUAGUCUCAAUGAAUCUGACAAAUUAUGGGAUCUCCGGAUCACUACCUAGCAGCAUAGCCAAGUUAACUGCAAUCUCAAGCAUUUGGCUUGGAGGGAACAAACUCUCUGGUCCUAUACCCGACAUGAGCUCACUCAAACAUCUAGCUUCUCUGCACUUGGAAAACAACCAGCUGAGUGGAACAGUUUCUCCAUCACUAGGAUACCUUCCGAGACUUCAAGAGUUAUAUCUGCAGAACAACGAUCUCCAAGGUCCACUUCCAGACAGUCUAAAACAGAGAAAGGGAACCAUUGUUCAGGUGUCUCCUGGAAACUAUGGACUCUGAUCUCUGGACGAACGAAAAGCGUCACCAGAAUGCAGCAAAGCGCUUUGUCAUGUGAAGGUUUUACUGAGAUCAUGGUCUGUGGCUGCUUUUGUUGUCGUUGUACAUGUUGCAGCAAAGAUUUGCCCAACUUUAGCUCAUUAGAGAGACGCUGUUGUGGAUCUCUCAGCCGCUGUUCAUCCUUGUUUUGCUUGUAGUUGAACUUGAUUGCAAAUGUUUGAAUUGGCUGCAGUAUAUAUACAUUUUUCCA